AUGGCUGGUUCUUCAAAUACUAAAGACAAAACGUCCCAUACGUAUGAGCAACAACAGUCUGACAAAAAUGAUUCCACUUUAGUAGAUAUCUUAACUGCAUUAAAUAAAAUAACAAAAUCAAUAGAAAGUGUUAAACUUAGAUUGGAUAGGUUAGAAAGUAGUCAACCCAAGACUAAUAACAAAAUUUAG